AAGAUGCGAAAUAACGUGAGAUUCCUUCGUAAAAGUUAGCCUUCACGCGCCAAGACAUAAAAACCCAAGUGUAAACGGCCAACAGAACGGAAGGGGGUGGUGGGUCUUGUUCUGUAACAGAACUUCUGUUGUGUUCAACAAAGUUUGAACCAAAGAGAAUAAGUUCGAGUAAGAGAGUUCUAGCACGAGUUCUAGCACGAGACCAACAAGAAGUGGUGCUCUGUUAUUCUAGCUAUCCUGAGGCCAACCAAAUAAAAGUUUUGCUCUUGCUAGAAAUAUUUUUAUGGUGUUGCACUAUUGAAUACAUUCACGAACAAAUGUGAACGCCAAAUUUCAGCUAAGUUAAACAAAAUUAAGUGUCAGUGAUUAAGUUUCUAUAAUCGUUUACAGUCAUAGUUGCCAGUAGGGUCUUUAUGCCAGAAAUGCGACAUACAGAAAUUUGUGGAUUCUGACGUUCUUAGUUUGUAUUAAAAACUUCAGGUUUAAUCAUGUACGAAGAAGAAGAUCAAUAUGAUGAAGAGGAUGUUGAAGAAAUUUCAUCAGAACUUUGGCAAGAAGCUUGUUGGAUUGUUAUUAAUGCAUACUUUGAUGAAAAGGGUUUGGUACGACAACAGCUGGACUCUUUUGAUGAGUUCAUUCAGAUGUCAGUGCAGCGAAUAGUGGAGGAUUCACCACAGAUUGAUCUUCAAGCUGAAGCUCAACAUACAUCUGGUGAAAUUGAAAAUCCUCCAAGGUAUUUGCUGAAAUUUGAACAAAUUUAUUUGUCAAAGCCAACACAUUGGGAAAAGGAUGGUGCUCCUUCCCCUAUGAUGCCAAAUGAAGCUCGACUUAGAAAUCUCACAUAUUCUGCUCCUUUGUAUGUUGAUAUUACUAAAACCAUAAUAAAAGAUGGGGAAGAACCUAUUGAAACCCAACAUCAGAAAACCUUUAUAGGAAAAAUUCCCAUUAUGUUACGAUCUACAUACUGUCUUCUGAAUGGGUUAACAGACCGUGACUUAACUGAGUUAAAUGAAUGUCCUCUUGAUCCAGGAGGAUAUUUUAUCAUCAAUGGAUCCGAGAAGGUGCUUAUUGCUCAAGAAAAAAUGGCUACAAAUACAGUGUAUGUGUUUAGUAUGAAAGAUGGAAAAUAUGCAUAUAAAGCUGAAAUUCGAUCUUGUCUUGAGCAUUCUUCUCGGCCAACAUCAACGUUAUGGGUUAAUAUGAUGGCAAGGGGUGGCCAGAGUAUUAAAAAAUCAGCAAUUGGGCAACGUAUAAUUGCUGUUCUACCAUACAUUAAGCAAGAAAUUCCUAUUAUGAUUGUUUUCCGAGCUCUAGGUUUUGUGGCUGACAGAGAUAUUUUAGAACAUAUUAUUUAUGAUUUUGAUGAUCCUGAAAUGAUGGAAAUGGUAAAACCUUCUUUGGAUGAAGCAUUUGUCAUUCAAGAACAAAAUGUGGCUUUAAACUUCAUUGGAGCAAGGGGUGCUCGCCCUGGCGUCACUAAAGAAAAACGUAUUAAAUAUGCUCGUGAAAUUCUGCAGAAAGAAAUGUUACCUCACGUUGGUGUUUCUGAUUUUUGUGAAACAAAAAAAGCUUACUUUUUGGGGUACAUGGUCCAUAGGUUGCUAUUGGCAGCUUUGGGGCGUAGAGAAUUAGAUGACAGAGAUCAUUAUGGUAAUAAGAGACUUGAUCUUGCUGGUCCACUAUUAGCCUUCUUAUUUAGGGGGCUUUUUAAGAAUUUGAUGAAAGAGGUGCGAAUGUAUGCCCAAAAAUUUAUUGACAGAGGAAAAGACUUCAACCUCGAGCUUGCUAUUAAAACUAAAAUUAUUACUGAUGGUUUAAGAUACUCUUUGGCCACUGGUAAUUGGGGUGACCAAAAGAAAGCUCACCAAGCUCGUGCUGGUGUAUCUCAGGUAUUGAACCGUCUUACUUUUGCUUCUACUCUUUCUCAUCUCCGGCGAGUGAAUUCUCCUAUAGGAAGAGAUGGCAAACUAGCAAAACCUCGUCAGUUGCAUAAUACACUGUGGGGUAUGAUUUGCCCGGCAGAAACUCCUGAAGGGGCUGCUGUAGGUUUGGUGAAAAAUCUAGCCUUAAUGGCUUACAUAUCUGUUGGAUCCCAACCAUCACCAAUUCUUGAGUUCUUGGAAGAAUGGAGUAUGGAAAACUUGGAAGAAAUUGCACCAUCAGCUAUUGCUGAUGCUACAAAAAUCUUUGUGAAUGGAUGUUGGGUUGGUAUUCACCGUGAUCCAGAGCAACUUAUGGCUACACUUCGUAAACUAAGACGUCAAAUGGAUAUUAUUGUCAGUGAAGUGUCCAUGAUAAGAGAUAUUCGUGACAGAGAAAUUAGAAUUUACACAGAUGCUGGCCGCAUUUGUCGUCCUUUGCUGAUUGUUGAAAAUGGCAAUUUGCUUCUUAAGAAAAGGCACAUUGAUAUGUUGAAAGAACGAGAAUACAAUAAUUUUGGGUGGCAAGUGCUUGUUGCAAGUGGAGUAGUAGAGUAUAUUGAUACUUUGGAAGAAGAAACAGUGAUGAUUGCAAUGUCUCCUGAUGACCUUAGACAAGAGAAAGAAUAUGCUUAUUGUAUGACAUACACUCAUUGUGAGAUUCAUCCAGCUAUGAUAUUAGGAGUUUGUGCUUCAAUUAUUCCAUUUCCUGAUCAUAAUCAAAGUCCGAGGAACACCUAUCAGAGUGCUAUGGGAAAACAAGCUAUGGGAGUAUACAUUACCAAUUUCCACGUACGGAUGGACACAUUGGCACAUGUCUUAUACUAUCCUCAUAAACCUUUGGUAACUACACGCUCUAUGGAAUAUUUACGUUUCCGUGAACUUCCAGCUGGCAUUAAUUCCAUUGUGGCAAUUCUUUGCUACACUGGUUACAACCAAGAAGACAGUGUUAUUAUGAAUGCUUCUGCAGUAGAGAGAGGAUUCUUCAGGUCUGUGUUUUUCCGAUCAUACAAAGAUGCUGAGUCUAAGAGAAUUGGAGAUCAAGAAGAACAAUUUGAAAAGCCUACAAGACAAACAUGUCAGGGUAUGAGGAAUGCCCUGUAUGACAAAUUAGAUGAUGACGGAAUUAUUUCACCUGGGAUUAGAGUAUCUGGUGAUGAUGUAGUAAUAGGUAAAACAAUUACACUUCCUGACAAUGAAGAUGAGCUGGAAGGGACAACAAAACGGUAUACCAAAAGAGAUGCAAGCACUUUUCUCCGAAACAGUGAAACUGGUAUUGUAGAUCAAGUUAUGUUGACCCUAAAUUCAGAAGGUUAUAAAUUCUGUAAAAUUCGUGUCCGGUCAGUCAGAAUUCCUCAAAUAGGAGACAAAUUUGCAUCAAGACAUGGCCAGAAAGGAACAUGUGGUAUUCAGUACAGGCAAGAAGAUAUGCCAUUCACCUGUGAAGGUCUUACUCCAGAUAUCAUCAUUAACCCCCAUGCUAUUCCAUCUCGUAUGACAAUUGGCCAUUUAAUUGAAUGCCUUCAGGGCAAGGUGUCAUCUAAUAAAGGAGAAAUUGGGGAUGCAACUCCUUUUAAUGAUGCAGUAAAUGUGCAGAAAAUAUCUACUCUUUUGCAAGAAUAUGGUUAUCAACUUCGAGGCAAUGAAGUAAUGUACAAUGGACACACUGGCCGUAAAAUUAAUGCUCAAAUAUUUUUGGGACCCACUUACUAUCAAAGAUUGAAACACAUGGUGGAUGACAAAAUCCAUAGUCGUGCCAGAGGGCCUGUUCAGAUAUUGGUGAGGCAGCCUAUGGAAGGAAGAGCUAGGGAUGGAGGUUUACGUUUUGGAGAAAUGGAGCGUGACUGUCAGAUUGCUCAUGGAGCAGCACAAUUCUUGCGAGAAAGACUGUUUGAAGUUUCAGAUCCUUAUAGAAUACAUGUGUGUAAUUUCUGUGGCCUCAUUGCAAUCGCAAAUUUACGUAACAAUACUUUUGAAUGUAAAGGUUGUAAAAAUAAAACCCAGAUAUCACAAGUAAGAUUGCCGUAUGCUGCAAAACUUCUGUUUCAAGAAUUAAUGGCAAUGAACAUUGCUCCAAGACUUAUGGUUGUAUAGUUUAUGAGAGAAAAAUGUAUUGACUACAAUUAUUCCUUCUUGAUGACUGGGUUGAAUUGUUUUUCCUGUCAAUUAAUUUAAAAUUAACAUAAAAUUUUGUGUAAAAACAAACUAAACUGUAAAUUUAGGAAAAGUAUCUAGAAGCACUGAUUCGAAUGUUUUUCAUGAGAAAAUCAGAGGUUUCUUUUUAUGUAUGUCCUGUAAUGAAUAAAGUUAUUUUAGUAUUUGUA